CAUAAUGGAUUUUAUAUUUGAAUGUUUUUACACGGAUACAUUGGAUAAAAUUAGCCGCAGUGGCCUGCAGGAUCGUUCAUCGCGCCGUGAUGUUUUGGAUCAUUUAAAUGCCAUAAUCGGCGGCUGUAGUGAUGGUCAAAAUAUGCAAACCGAGGAGGUGGCACGCAUUGCUGUACUGUCUGCUGUCCGUUAUCAUCGUGAGCAAAAGGACGCCAAUGGUGAUGUCUGUUUAAUGGGCAAAUACCAUAACAUCUUGUAUAUUGCCUUGCGUACUUGCUGGGAUUGGGGUGUACGAGAUUCUGCGGUUGUUGUGGUCUUAUUGGAGGAAAUUUAUGCAUGCGAAAAGACAUUCGAACGUAUUUUCUUGGGCGCUUUAUUCGGUACCCAUGCACCACACUUUAUUGCCGGUUGGCGUAGUGACUUUCGAGACCAGGAUGAGAAUACCCGAGCUAUGGUAUAUUUUUUACAUCAUGCAACAAGUCUUGAUAUGACACUGCCCUGUUGGAUAGCACGUUAUGAACAGGAACGUAUGGUCAA